GCGCUGGGACCGCUAAUGAUACUAGCCCGGCUCACCACCCGCCACCCAACACGGUUAGUGGUUCACUCCGAACACCCCUCGCUGCUUGGCUGGUGCUGCGGCCGGCCUCACUUCCGGUUGUUGCCGGGCCCUAUAUCCGGUGUCCGCCCGCCCUCCAUCCCGCUGGCUCCGCGAUGCUGUCCCGGUCCCGCUGCGUGUCCCGGGCGUUCAGCCGCUCGCUUUCUGCCUUCCAGAAGCAUUAACAACAGUAGCGUCUUCAGUGUUCGCUUCUUCCAAACCACGGCAGUGUGCAAGAAUGAUGUGAUUACAGUCCAGACCCCAGCGUUUGCAGAGUCUGUCACAGAGGGAGAUGUCAGGUGGGAGAAAGCUGUUGGAGAUGCAGUUGCAGAAGAUGAAGUGGUGUGUGAGAUUGAGACAGACAAGACUUCUGUGCAGGUUCCAUCACCAGCAAAUGGCAUCAUUGAAGCUCUUUUGGUACCCGAUGGGGGCAAAGUUGAAGGAGGAACUCCUCUAUUCACACUCAGGAAAACCGGUGCUGCUCCUGCUAAGGCCAAACCAGCUGAAGCCCCUGCUACAGCCCACAAAGCAGCGCCUGAAGCACCGGCGGCCCCUCCUCCUCCUGUAGCACCAGUGCCCACUCAGAUGCCACCUGUGCCCUCACCCUCACAACCUCCUUCUAGCAAACCAGUGUCUGCAAUAAAACCCACUGCUGCCCCUCCACUGGCUGAGGCGGGAGCUGCUAAAGGCCUGCGCUCAGAACAUCGGGAAAAGAUGAACAGGAUGCGGCAGCGCAUCGCCCAGCGUCUGAAGGAAGCCCAGAACACCUGCGCAAUGCUGACGACGUUCAAUGAGGUUGACAUGAGUAACAUACAAGAGAUGAGAGCUCGGCACAAAGAUGCUUUCCUGAAAAAACAUAACCUGAAAUUAGGCUUCAUGUCGGCAUUUGUGAAGGCCUCAGCAUUCGCCUUGCAGGAGCAGCCUGUAGUAAACGCAGUGAUUGAUGACGCAACCAAGGAGGUGGUGUACAGAGAUUAUAUUGACAUCAGUGUCGCAGUUGCUACCCCAAGGGGUCUCGUGGUUCCUGUCAUCAGGAAUGUGGAAACUAUGAAUUAUGCAGAUAUUGAACGGACCAUUAAUGAACUAGGAGAGAAGGCCCGGAAGAAUGAACUUGCCAUCGAAGACAUGGAUGGGGGCACCUUCACCAUCAGCAAUGGAGGAGUUUUCGGCUCACUUUUCGGAACACCCAUUAUCAACCCGCCUCAGUCUGCCAUUCUGGGCAUGCAUGGCAUCUUCGACAGGCCUGUGGCUGUGGGGGGCAAGGUGGAAGUCCGACCUAUGAUGUAUGUAGCCCUGACCUACGACCACCGGCUGAUUGAUGGCAGAGAGGCUGUGACUUUCCUCCGAAAAAUCAAGGCAGCAGUAGAAGAUCCACGAGUCCUCCUCCUAGACCUUUAGGAGGAAGCCACACACCCUACCUACUGAUCAUGCAGGAACUGAAAAACCAGUCUUCUCCCCGACCCUCCUCAGUCCCAGGUUAACCUGAGGGCAGGCAGGCACUACCAUUGGCCUCGAGCAAGGACUCCAGGGCACUACGUAACCAGCUUUCAUGGGUCUUUUUUAGUGUUCCUUCUAGGCUCUUCCUCUCUCCGUGUGACUCUUACCUUCUGCUCUCUUGGGCCUGAGCGAGAGAGAGAGAGAGAGAGAGAGAGAGAGAGAGAGAGAGAGCCCUGUGGAUGCCCAUCAAUAGUCCUGCCUUUAUUCCAGUCCUCUACAAAGACACCUUUGCUUCUCUCCAGUAACAGUAUGCUAUAGGGAUACCACCAGGGACCAUGUGAUUGAGUUUCUGUCUUUGGAAAGUGUUCUCCAAAGAUGCCUAGGGGGAAGCUUUGCCUCCGGGGCUCAAAGCAGCCUCUGUCGCAGCUGUUCUUGGUCUCACUUGAUGCCCCCUGUGUGGGGUAUUGAACAUAGGCAAAGCAGGGCACCCUCAUCCUAACCUGUCAGCGGCUUCAAGGUGCCUCUCUACCUCUGACAGGAAGCACAGGCUGGAGGAUUUAGGGAUAGGCACAAUUGUGCUGGGUCCCUGAGGCUACCUGUUGUAGUCACAGAUGGGAGUUGAAACUUGGCUUGCCUUUACAGGCUCCAUUGUAUGCUGGCACUGGGAAGAUUCAUGUUGUCAUAACUACGUACAACUGUUGUCCAUCAUACCAACCCUUUCCAGCUUCUAGGAAUCAUUCUAGGACGGUGUUCUCACGUAAAGCAGAUUUUAGCAUAUCAUGGCAGUGGGACAGCCUGGUGAACGGACUGUUCUCACCAGAUCAGGCUGAUGAGAGCUUUUAAAUUCAAGGUGGUACGAGCAUGUGCUGGGAAGGGCUGUUCUCUCCCUUCCUGGGAUGUGGCCUGUGGGGAGCAAGGCCUUGGUUCCUCUGGUGAAGGACACAGAUAAGGGGAGGAUGGACUGUGGCGGGAACCAGCCUCAGGAGUUAGGAGAGUGAAGAGAUAAUGACGUCAUCGCUACACUCACCCUUCAGGGGUAGGUGGUAGUUAGAAUAUUUUUGAAGCAUGGUGAAAUGUAAUUAACUGGUUAUGAAAGCUCCUAGCCCUUGUGUCCUUCACUGAGCCUGAGACUGCUGACAGCUGACAUGGGGCCAUUAGUGCUGAAUGCCCUUUUUUCUUGUAAUCCAAGACUUGCUGGGGGGAGGGGAAGAGGUCAGUAUUGAGUGCCUGCAACAUCUGCUACUAUAGCUAUACCAUUCAGAACUUGUAAUGAAAAUAUUUAAAGAGACUGAUUUUGAAUGAAAAUUAAAGGGCAAAUGUUCUCAAACAGGG